AUGGGAGGGCAAAUUCUUCGUCGUAGCAGUAUUAUGGACGGCCAGGCAGCGUCGGAGAAAAGCUGGGUCCGAGUUGCAUCCGUGGUCUUCGCGGUGAAGCCUGUCGGCCGCGGGGAGAACCCAGAGACGGUGGCCAGCCAUGCGAGCGAGGACGUGCGCGCGGUGCAGAGUGAGGAGCGCGCGCAGGGAAUGACGCAAGACACCAACGGCGGCAGACGGGGAAGCGAAAAGAGGCGCGGUCAACCGAGGAUCCUGUUCAGUGAUGAGGCGGCGCCGCAGGAGUUGCCAGCUGCGAUCAGAAAAACCGAGAGAGGAGGACCGGAGGUCGUGGAGGAUGUCUUGCAGGGGGCCCUGGCAACGGUGGCUGUAAUCGAGGAGAAUACAAAAGGGAAAAUCCAACCAGAGAGCACGGCCGCGCUGCGCAGAAGCGUGGGCAGCACGCCAGCGCCGACGCUCCUCGAGAGGAAGGGCAGCGGGAGGUUCCACGGCAUUGGCGAGGCUGGUGGCGCGGACGGGAGGCAGUUGGUGAAAGUCGCCAGUACAGUGCACGCUGAGGCCUCCCCACGGCAAGGUGAGAGGCUCGAGGGGAAUGCAGAGGGCGGAAUGCAGUGCGCGGCCGCCAAUGAGGUACAGGUCAUUGAGAGCCGACAAGAGCCGCAACACGUAGGAUUUGCCAGUGCCGGGUCCACCGAGCAGAACAGAUCGCUGACAGGGAACCGGGCGGGUGCUGAAGGAACGGCGAUGGGCAAGGAUAUCGUGCAGCCAGAGGGCAUGGAGGAUGAGCAUCGCAGCUUGCUUGAGAUUUAA